AUGGAUAGCGCAUCUUCUCCCGGUAGCAUCGACUCUACCUCGACCGCGCCCACUUCGGCUUCCAAGGUCACCUACACCACUGCUGGCACCCCAUACAAUCCCAGUACUGCCCAGCCGCUCCAGCCGCCUGCUCGUCGAGGCCGCUCGCUGAAGUGGUCGGCUGGCCUUCACACUGCUGGCCUUUCCUUGUUCCCCAAGUCCGCCCUGGCAUCUCUACCUGUCAAGUUUGUCAACCACUCGUCGUCGAGCCAGGAGCACAGCCCUAUGCAGACUACCCUCGACCGGGCCAUCAGCCCCAUUCACGACACCGAGCACACUUGCGCCAACAUGUCCGCUCAGGUCCCGCGCCUUGUGGCCUCGGCCACCCCUUCGCCUCUCGCCUCUCUCUUCUCCGAGGUCGUGCACGACGCUCUUAGCGACGCUGAGGCUAGUGACGAUAACGAGACUGAGUAUGAGCUGGGCAUGGACCCGCUGCUGAACAUGACAGUCAAGUCUCUUCAGAACCUGGCUUCCUACCCCAACCCGAACCAGAAGAGGGCUCAGAAGGCGCUUUCUCGCGGAACCAAGGCGGCCAUGGAAGGCUACAAGGCGGUUACGCGCAGCGAGGAACCCUCGACUCCCCUCAGCCGACGUCCCGGUCCCCAAGAGCCGCUCCAAAUCCAUGUCGAUUCUCCCAGCAUGUUGCGACAUGCCCAGGCAGAGACCAUUGGCUACAGUCGACCUCAAGACGAUGGGUUCUGGAAUCCUCCCGACAAGUCGUGUGCCAUUCAGCCCGACACUGUCAAGCCUUUCGAUACCGCAGUCGGCGGCCGCAUUUCUGACAAGUUCGGUUCUGCAACCCUCGCCUCCGGCCCCGGAGCUCCUCGACCUUUGAGUGCAGGCCCUCCUGGCCAGCGCCAAUAUCGACCUUCAACGUUCAAGUCCACCUUCAAGGCCCUCAAGCCCCAAGCUUCUAGCCAGGAUCUCGACCAGGAGGAUGACGAUGAUGUCCUCAUGAUUACACGACAGACCCUUCAGCAGGCGGGAAUCGACGAGAAGAGACACGAGCUCAAGUCUCCUCUGUUCAAGCAGACAGCUUCUCUGAGCACUGCACCCAUCUCAGUCACUCCUCAGAAGACCAUCGACAAGCCGGCUUGUCCCUUUGAAACCCUUCUCACCCAGCAGCUGCCCUAUCCUACUUGCUGGAACCCGACUCCAGCUACCUCGGCCGGUCGAUACGCACCCAACAACGAUGUCUGGGCGGCCAACAAGCUCCAGAAGCGACGCGAGAUGGUGGAACGCGCCUGGUACGCCGGCGCCAACUUCAUGAGUGCCACAACCGAGGAACUCGCAUGGGAUGUCCAGUUCCCCAAGCCCAAGUGCAAGUUCGGAGCUGUGGGAGAUGGUCGCCCAAUCAAGAAGGGUGGUGAGCAACGAUCGAUGGAAACUGAGAAGAUCGAGCACCUCUCGGUGGCGGAGCUUGCUGGGCCUCUGCUCAACAUGGCCUUUGUCAAGGUUCAGCAGUUCCAGGAGGAUGAGUUGCAGAAGAAGUACGCCCAGGAGUUUUCGGCAUUUUAG